ACGAGUCGAAGCCAUCUCUCCCGGCCUUCCCCCAACUGGCGGCGGCGGCGGCGGCGGCGGAGAUUGUCGAGCGAAUAUGCUGCAGUUCCCGGCGAUGAUGCGGCAGUGGCCGUCGCCGCCGCUGAUCCCGGCGUCCACGCUCCUCCCCGUGCACGUCACCACCCAGGAGGACGAGCUCCUCCUCGCCAUGGCCGAGUCCGAUCUCGAGGACAAGCUGAACGCGAUCCGCAAGACCAACAGCAACCUGGUGAUCAUAGGCAAGCCCACCAACGACAUCAAGGAGGAGUACGACGCCGAGGUGGAGGAGGACGACGCCGACAACGUCGAUGAGUCCGACGGCGACGACUUCGACCAGGAAACCGGCUGACCCGACCAGGCCUUCAUCGCUUGACGCCUGAGACAGUUCCCUACCUGUACGCUUGUUGCAGCUCGAGAUCCCCAAUUACCUGUUGUUAGUACUGUAGAUCG